AUGCCCAACUAUGUGAAGUUCAUGAAAGACAUCCUUACAAAGAAGAGAAGAUUGGGGGAAUUUGAGACAAUGGCUCUUACCAAGGAGUGUAGCUCAUUCUUGCAAAAUAAGAUGCCACCGAAGAUGAAAGAUCCUGGGAGUUUCACCAUUCCCUGCACCAUUGGUAACUCUUAUUGUGGCAUGGCUUUAUGCGAUUUGGGUGCAAGCAUUAACUUUAUGCCAAUGUCUAUUUUCAAGCAAUUAGGGAUUGGAGAAGUUAGGCCUACUACAGUUACUCUUCAAUUAGCAGAUAGAUCUCUUGCUCAUCCGGAUGGGAAGAUUGAAGAUGUAUUGGUAAGGGUAGACAAAUUCAUAUUCCUUGCUGAUUUUAUUGUGUUAGACUAUGAGGCAGACAAAGAGGUGCCCAUUAUCUUGGGGAGGCCGUUUCUUACGACAAGAAGAACUUUAAUAGAUGUGCAAAAGGGGGAGCUGACUAUGAGGGUCCAAGAUGAAAAGGUGACCUUUAAUGUUUUUAAAGCUAUGAGAUUUCCUGAUGAGGUGGAGGAAUGCUCAGUGGUUUCAGUGGUAGAUUCUUUGGCAUCAAGGGAAUUUGAGACGAGUAAUGUUGGUGAUCCAUUAGAGAGGUUAUUGUUGUUUGAUUCAUACAAUGAGGAAGACGAGGAGGAGUACUUAGCUUGGUUGGAAGCUAAUUCUCAAGGGUUAAGAACAAGAAACCGAUUUGAUUCAUUGGAGUUGUCGUCUAGGGAGUUCAAAGCUCCUAAACCAUCCAUUGAAGAGCCACUUGAGUUGGAGUUGAAAGUUUUUCCAUCGCAUUUGCGAUAUGCCUACUUGGGUCCAUCAUCCACUUUACCUGUUAUUAUUUCAGCGGAGCUGAGCCAUGAUCAAGAAGAAAAGUUGCUCGAAGUAUUGAGACAGUUCAAAAAGGCCAUUGGGUGGACCAUUGCAGACAUAAAGGGUAUUAGUCCUUCCCUAUGUAUGCAUAAGAUUCUGUUAGAAAACAAUGAAAAAGGGUCCAUUGAAUGGAAGGAAGGCUAA